UGGGCGAGCAUGGCAAAGGCAAAGACAUUGUUUAAACUCAAACUCAGCGCUGAAGCACCUCAACGUGGCUCGGCUCUUAUUCUCUCCUGUCACUUGUGUCCUGAAACCAGUGCUGUUGCCAUGGAGAUCAGAUGGUUUAAGGGGACAGAAUGUAUUUGCCUGUAUAAGCAUGGACAGGUGACAGAGGGGAGUGGCUACAAGGACAGAGUGAGUCUGUUCACCUGGGAGCUGGAGAGAGGAAUUGUGUCCUUAAAGCUGAAGCAAAGCAGAAGUUCAGAUGCAGGCAUUUACCUGUGUCAGGUCACCAAGGAUCACAGGGCAGAGAUUACACUAAGAUUAUGCUGGAAUCAUAAACUUCAAGCCAUUAUACGCCAGUGGAACAUGAAAUGGACAGAAGAAGAGAGAAGGCAAAUGGACAUGUCUGUUCUGAAGACAGAAAUUUGGAUAGCAGAAAUAAGAUACCAAGAAGAAAAACUUGAGGAAGCCCUUCAGGUGAAGAACUUGGAAUUAAAUGAUAAAGAAGAAAAAAAGGAGGAGCAUUCAAAUACUGCAUGUAAAGAGAGUUUGUCAAUCAGUACAAGAACCAAAAGGAGGAACACAAGUAUCAGUGUGGAACACCCUCUAAAGAAUUCUCCACUGCCUGAUCUCAGGCUGGUGCUGCUGGGGAGGACUGGGUCUGGGAAAAGUGAAGCAGGAAACAUCAUCCUUGACAGAGAGGAGAGGAACCAGGCUGGUACAUCUGCAGUGACCCAGCAGAGUGAGAGCAGACAGAGGAGGGUGAAUGAGAGGAAGGUGACUGUGGUGGACACUCCUGACUGGUUCUGCCCUGAACUCUCUCUGGAGGAGGUGAGACAAGAUGUGGAACGCUGUGUCCGUCUGUCUGCCCCAGGACCCCACGCCUUCCUCCUAGUCAUACCAGCGAAACAGUCGGCAGGAGAAAUUAGAUACAUUCUGGAAAAAAUGGAGGAGAUUUUUGGAGAGAGGUGUUGGUGGUUUACCAUGGUUCUUUUUACUGUUUUUGGUGAGCUACAAGAUGACAUCUUAGAAGAGCUUUUUGCAGGAAGCCCAGAGGUAAUGGGACUAGUAGAGAAAUCUGGAAACAGGUUUCACAUGCUAAACAUUAUGGAAAAUGGGAAUAAAGUUCGGGUCCUCCGGUUGCUGGAGAAAAUAGAUGAGAUGUUGAUAGCGAACAAUAAUCGAUUUUACAGCAAUGAAGUCUACCUCCAAACAAUGUGUCGGGUUAGGGAGCUGGAGAAAAAAUGUGCAGAACGGAGAGGGCAAACAAAAAGGAGAGAGGAAAGAAAAGCUAAAGAGAAACUGGAGAGAGGUUUACAGGAGAGCUUGAGCAGGUUUACAGAAUCAGCUGAUAAAUGCCAUGCACAAAUAAAUCAACAUGAAGAUGAAAUAAGUAAACUUGAGGGAAUGAUAACAGAGGAACAAGAUGAGAAAAGAAAGCUAACACUAGACAGAGAGCUGGAGAAGGAAAUUCAGCAGAAGAAGGAAGUUCACUUGGAGCUAGAGAGGCUGAAAGAGGAGUGCGCAAAACACAGGAGAGAGACUGAAGAAAAGUUCAACCUGGAAAUGGAAAAGCUUAGGGAGCUGUAUGAAGGAGAGGCCAUGAUGGAGGCAGAGAGAAGCCUCCUGAAGAUCAUCCUACCUGAACUCCAGCAGAGUGUUUGGGCCCACAUGGAAAAGAAAUGAUGCUGAGGCUUGGAAUUAGUUUGAUUAUAAAAGACAGAGAUUUUAUUCUUUUUUAUACAAUAAUACUGUUGUAAUAAUUCCACUUUCAAAACUCUUUCAGUGAACUGUGCUUUACUGUGUUUGUUUCCAUUGGAAUAGCCAAGUACGCUUAUUCAGUUCUAAAGUGGACAUUGGUUCCAUCACACCCUUAGCUCUGCACCUGGUUGUAUCAUUGCCAGCCUCCUCACCUCACCUCACCUCCACUUAAUCAGACACUCCUGGCUUUCCAUUCAAUUUUGUUUUGGAUGGGAACCCCAUUGUACCUCUAUUUGCAUUUCAACUUUAUUAUUGUAGUUUUCAAGCUUUAUCAGACAUGUUUGAUAUGUUUGUGUUGUGCCCACCCAAGUUAACUGAGGAUUGAUUUAGUGAUUUCUUUACUUUUUAUUAUAAAUUUUAAAAAUUAAUUAAUUAAUUAAUCAAUUUAUUUAUUUAUUUAUAUUAAUUAUUUUUGGCAGCCAUUCACAGUUGAAUCCCCCCAUUGGUUUUAAUGUAUUUGAACAAGUUUUGUCAAGAGAAGAUGAGGUUUGUUUAGAGGUUUCUAGUAUGCAACUAGUCAAUUAUUUUAUGUUCUCUUCCUGCUUUUCUGCAUUUAGUUUGACAUCAUUAUUUGCCUAUAAUCUUCCCUAUCUACAUUCCUGUACUCCAACUUUGCAUUGUCUCUAGAAACCUGUUCACUUUUUUCUUUGUACUGUUUGAUUAUUUUUUAAAUACAUCA